AUGGAAAACCUUCGUAAGCGCCAGCUAGAGUCGUGCCCGACGUCGCCGUCGAAGAACGAGCAGGAGCCGCCGAAAAAGACGUUGAUGGACGCGCUGAACGAGCAAAUCGACGAGACGGACGCGAAAGAAGCGGGAAAAGAGCCGAAAUGCGAAAAGACGAUCGAUUUUCCGAUUCUGACGUCGAUGAUUUCGGCGCCGCCCGUAAAUGUGAAGAAUGCCAAUGCGACGACUUCUGCGAAUGGAAACGCACCGCCCGUCCUCAAUUACGUCGUCAUUUUCAGUCAGUUUUUUUUUUGCUCAAAUCGUGGUCGGUCUUCCAUUUCGAUACACUUCUAGGCCACCGAGAGCUUCAGAUUUGAAAAUUUUCAGUUGUUCAAAAACAUUCCAGAUGCGUUCCGUCAAUUCCUACAAGGAUAUCUGGCUGCCGGCGGAGAUCCAAAUCUUGCGAACACGCUUGCCACGUACGCCGCCUCGCUCCCGAUGCCGCCGAACCCGUUGAAACCGCUGAACGCUCUGCCGCCGCCGCCGCUUCCGAUCGGAGUGAAACAAGAGGCCCCGCUCACUUCGCGCCCAACUUCGCCCACGCAAAUGGAGACUUCGCACGAGAAAUCGGAGAAAACGGAGGCGGAGGAGCAGAAGGAGGACGUGAAACCGACGCUUCCGCUGGCUCUUCCGAUGCUUCCGAUGAUCGCCCCACCACCGCCGCCGGCCUCUUCUCGCAUCGACGAAGAAGUCACUUCGGAGAUACAACGUCUUCGCGAGGCCGCGUUCGGAAGAUACAAAAAUGUGUUGUGCGUGAUUUGCAACGAAUGGAUUUGCUCCAGAAAUCGGUAAUACUCGAGUACUCGUGGUGUAUUAUUCAAACUCGUUUUUUUUGCAGCAAAAACCACAUCGAAGCGCACCUCAACUACCGUCCGUACAAGUGUUCCGCGUGCGAUUACGCGCGUCGUCGUGAGAUUUUCGUCGUUCAGCACAUCAAAACGCACCAUGUCGGACAGAAGGGCGUCGAAAUGAAGAGCGCCGUCGAUUUGAACGUCGCUCUUGAGUGCGUUCACUAAAAAUUUGCUGGAAAGCACUGAAAAGCGAAUUGCUCGCAAUAGAGCGCACAUGCAUUAGUUUUUAAAUCCCGAGUCAAUUUUCUCCGGAUUUGAGAUAAUUUUCAUAUGAAACUUACGAUUUUUGAGCGACAUAUCGAAAAAACAAAAAGUAUCUUUUUGUAGAGUUGACCGUCUCGCCGACGAGUGUGUGGAGCGAACUCGCAAACUGAUCGAAAGUAUGCAGGAAAAGAAGGACGGAGACUUUGGAGAAAGUCAGGGAUUCGACGAGAAAGCGCUCGAGUUGAUGCUAGCCGAGGAGGCCGAGAAUAAGGUAAGAAAAAUUAUUUUUCAAAAAAUUCGAACCCCAUUUUGCAGGUGGUUGUGAUCGAAUCGGUGAGCGAGGUGCGCGCGAAAGUGGCCAACUACCACCGCAGACAGAGAACUCGCGUCCUCAAAAAGAUCUACAACACCGACGCGGCGAAACAGACGGAACUGAAAAUUGUGAAGGAGGAGACGGUCGACGAGGAGCCGGGCACGGUUCAAGUGGCCGAGGGCAACGAGAUCAAACUGGAGGAUCUGAUGAAGAUGGUCGGCGACGACGGAGAUCAUCCCGAGGAGUCACGUGUCAAGCAGGAGAUUUUCCACGAUGACGAGCAUUAA